AUGCCAACAAAUUCUCUUCUACAACCUUUAACAACAACAAAAAUAAAGAAGAUAAAUAAGAAAAAUAAUAUAUUUAAAUUAAGCACGUAUAAACGACAUAAAAAAUAUUUGAUAAAAUCAGCCAAAUUAUUUUAUAAAAAAUGGCAUUUAAAUCAUUUAGUUCCAAUACCAUUUAUUAGUAUUUAUAUGAUUUUUGGUGCCUUACUUUUUUGGUUGACAGAAAAUAAAGCGGAAUUUGAAAGACAAAUUGAAAAGUAA